AUGGCCAACCCCUCCGUCAUGUGGCCCCGCGCCGCUCGCUCAGCACACCGCGUCGUUCAGCGGCAACGGUUCCUACGGAACGAGCUGAGUCGCAUGUGCACGAGAUGCAUGUCUACUGCAGCACAACCGAAUGACCCCGCUGGCCGUAGACCGCCACCAACGAAAACAAAUCAAGAACGACUAUCCUUUACAGAGACAAGCGAGCGAUUUAGCCAGCGGCACAUUGGUCCUUCACCUGAGGAUGAAGAGCAGAUGCUCAAGAAGCUGGAUCCGCCGGUCAAAGAUCUUGAUGACUUCAUACACCAGUCUCUACCAUCCGGAAUCCGGCAGAAGAACCCUACCAUAAUUUCACGCGGAAAACAGAACAAUGCCCAUGGCCAGAAGGAGGGACAAGUGCGAAGUGAAUUACAGGCCCUUGGGAGGCGAAACAGAUCAUGGCACAAUUUCAUAGGCAGCGGGUAUUACGGUACGGUUCCUCCUGCGGUUAUUCUCAGAAACGUCUUGGAAAACCCUGCUUGGUACACAAGCUACACACCAUAUCAAGCCGAGAUCAGUCAAGGUCGCUUGGAGUCGCUCCUCAACUUUCAGACGAUUGUCACAGACCUCACAGGUCUUGCGAUAGCAAAUGCCUCCAUUCUUGAUGAAGGCACUGCUGCAUCCGAAGCAAUGACCUUGUCCAUGAAUGCGCUCUCAACUGCUCGACUGAAGAAGCCGGGAAAGACGUUUGUCGUGUCCAAUCUUUGCCAUCCGCAGACGAUCGCGGUCCUAGAAUCACGUGCGACCGGAUUUGGCAUCAACAUUGUGGUUGGAGAUAUUCUGGACAAUGAUUGUCAGCUUGUAAAAGACCAAGGGGAGAAAUUGUUCGGCGUCCUCGCACAAUAUCCAGACACAACUGGAGGUGUACACGACUUUCAAAACCUCUCCAACGUCGUACAUGCCGCCGAGGCCACGUUCUGCGUCGCUACAGACUUGCUUGCCCUCACUCUCUUGAAGCCUCCGGGUGAGUUUGGCGCAGAUGUCGCGUUCGGUAGCGCCCAAAGAUUUGGCGUGCCCAUGGGUUAUGGUGGACCGCACGCCGCCUUCUUUGCCUGCAGUGAGAAGCACAAACGAAAGAUACCUGGUCGGCUCGUAGGUGUCUCGAAAGACAGGCUCGGCAAUCGUGCUCUGCGUCUGGCACUGCAGACACGCGAGCAACAUAUCAGACGCGAAAAGGCCACUAGCAAUAUAUGUACUGCGCAGGCUCUUCUCGCCAACAUGAGCGCCUUUUAUGCCAUUUACCAUGGACCACAAGGUCUGCGGGAUAUUGCCAAUAAAGUUUGGGCCAGCACCAAGUUUCUUCAAGCGUUGGUCGAGAAGCACAGCUCUACUCUCAAAGUUGUCACAAAGGGGCUUCGUGAAGACGGUGCUGUACUCUUCGAUACGGUCACGUUGGAAGUGCAAGAUCGCAACGAGUAUGAGGAGAUCUUAUCGCGGGCAGAGGCCGCUUCAGUUUCUCUGCGUACAAUAGUCUCUGGAAAUUCGGAACAAAAACUACAGCUCGCCAUUUCGAUUGAUGAGAGUACUGGCCUGAAGAGUAUGUCUUUACUGGCACAAGUGCUUGGUAUCGAACAGGACGUUUUUAAUCGUGCUCUGGGCGAGCCAGGAAUACACUCGAGAGUCGAUGAUACUUCGAGCUCGCUGCAAAGGUCGACACCUUACUUGACCCAUCCCGUCUUCAACCACAAUCACUCGGAGACUGAAUUGCUUCGGUACAUCCAUCAUUUGCAGUCCAAAGACCUAUCUCUGGUGCAUUCAAUGAUACCGUUGGGAUCAUGCACCAUGAAGCUCAAUGGAACCACAGAGAUGCAACCCAUAUCUAAUAGUGCAUGGAACAAACAUCAUCCCUUCGCUCCGGGCCAGGGAGGAUAUCAAGCCCUCAUCGAGAGACUGUCGGAUAAUCUGGCCUCGAUCACUGGCAUGCAUACCGUUAGCUUGCAGCCCAAUUCAGGUGCUCAGGGUGAAUUUGCUGGCUUGCGUGUGAUUGAGAAGUACCAUUCCACCCGAGGAGAAAGCAAGCGAAAGGUCUGCCUCAUACCGGUCUCGGCGCAUGGAACAAAUCCUGCGUCGGCUGCCAUGGCGGGAAUGAAAGUGGUUCCUCUGAAGUGUGACACCAAGACCGGCAAUCUGGACGUUCAAGACCUCAAGAACAAAUGCGAGAAGCAUAAGGAUGACCUAGCUGCCAUCAUGAUCACCUAUCCCAGCACGUUCGGUGUCUUCGAGCCGGCGAUCCGGGAAGUUUGUGAGAUCGUUCACGAACACGGGGGACAAGUCUACAUGGAUGGGGCGAAUCUCAAUGCUCAAAUCGGCUUGUGUAACCCUGGGGAUAUCGGAGCCGACGUUUGUCAUCUGAAUCUGCACAAGACGUUUUGCAUUCCUCAUGGUGGCGGAGGUCCUGGCGUCGGACCCAUUGGUGUCAAGGAACACCUCAAGCCCUUCCUGCCUACACAUUCCCACGUGGAUCCUCAUCCUGGCCCAGACCGAGCCAAGACUGCUAUCUCCCCUGUUAGUUCGGCCCCCUGGGGUAGUGCUCUUAUCCUGCCCAUCAGCUAUGCCUAUAUCCAACUCAUGGGAAGCGAAGGGUUGAAGCACGGCACGGAAGUCGCAUUGUUGAAUGCGAACUACAUCAUGUCCCGCCUCAAGCCGCACUACAAGAUCUUGUACACCAAUGAGAAUGGCCGAUGCGCGCAUGAGUUUAUUCUUGACGCGAGAGGCUUCAAGGAGACUGCGGCUAUCGAGGCCAUUGAUAUUGCGAAACGCCUGCAAGAUUAUGGCUUUCACGCACCUACAAUGAGCUGGCCUGUCGCCAACACUCUCAUGAUUGAACCCACCGAGUCAGAAUCCAAGGAAGAACUCGACCGAUUCUGCGACGCCUUGAUCGAGAUCAGGAAGGAGAUCAAAGCCAUCGAGGACGGCCAGAUGCCGCGAGAAGGUAAUGUUCUGCGCAUGUCACCACAUCCACAGCAUGAUCUCAUGCGAAACGACUGGGACCGUCCGUACACCAGAGAACAAGCGGCAUAUCCACUGCCGUGGCUCAGGGAGAAGAAGUUCUGGCCCUCGGUGGCGCGUGUCGAUGAUGCCUACGGCGAUACGAAUCUCUUCUGCACUUGCACGCCCGUCGAAGGAUAUGAGGAAGAGGGCUUUACGGGACAUCAGGCACCGAUGCCGACAUAG